AUGUCCCCAUCGUCGACAGCUCAACGACGAAACGGGUCGCCAGCCAAACCCAAGGGGACACAAUGGCCAUCGCAACCACCGGCAAUCUCCCUUCUUGUCUAUCCGCUCACUCUGGUCGUGGGCUCCCUCUACUCGAUCAUCUCGCCCACUGCGCGCCCGUCCAAGACCUCCGACCAGACGACCCCCUUGACGGCAUCUGACACCUCGACGCCGAGUCACCCCCCCGUAAACUACUUUGCUCGCAAGGACAACAUGUUCAAUGUGUACUUCGUGAAGGUGGGCUGGGCAUGGACGACGCUCGCUUUUGUCUCCUUGCUCCUCACCCAGCCGCUCCACACCAACUCCAGCAGUCUCCAUCUUCGCGGGAGGCGGACCCUGCAAGCGCUUCUUCGCUACGCAAUCGUUACGGUGUCGUGGAUCGUGACGACUCAGUGGUUCUUUGGGCCGGCGAUCAUCGAUCGCACGUUCACUCUGACUGGGGGGAAGUGCGAGAAUCUGAAUCCGGCAGGUGCAUCGGCGGGCGCAUUGGAGGAGCUGAAGUUGGUGGUUACGGCUACAGCGUGCAAGGCCGCGGGCGGGACGUGGCGAGGCGGUCACGAUGUCAGCGGCCAUGUCUUUAUGCUCGUCCUUGCUAGCGCUUUCCUUGCCUUCGAGGCUCUUGGGGCGUCGUCUCCCGGGAGUAGUGCCACGGCGGAUGUCAAGGAGAAACAGGACAAUGGGGAGACUUCGACGGAGCGUGCUGAGACUAAGGACUGUCCGGUUAGAAUAUGGGCGCUACGGUUCGUCUGGGCCGUUACGCUGCUGAGCUGGUGGAUGCUGUUCAUGACCGCAAUCUGGUUCCAUACGUGGUGGGAGAAGGUUUCAGGUUUGCUUAUCGCUUUAGCUACGAUAUAUGUCACCUAUUUCCUUCCCCAGACACUUCCUCCUUGGAGAGACAUUAUCGGGGUCCCAGGCGCAUAG